CCCGAUAAGCCUGUGCUGCAACGCGCCAAUCAAGGCCAACCGGAUGGCAAUGCUUCUUGCAGCGAGGAUUGCAUCUCGAAUCAAUCAAUCAAUCAAUCAAUCACCACACUUUGCACAUGUUGAGCAGAGCCCUCUGGUCGUCGUGAGCGGAUUACAUAUCGGGCGUAUCUGGAUUCUACGCUGCUGGUUUAACGACGUGCACCGGGCAACGGGAAAACUCCCACGCGGCUCCUCCCACGCACCGCCAUCCUGCUCAUCUCCUCCCUCCCACGCUCCUCAGCUCCCCUACCCGACCCUCCAUUGGCAAUGCCUUUUAUGCGCCUCGUUGUCAUACCGAUACCUAAUCUAAUCGACAGGUGCGCCUGUUGCUAAACGCAUGAGCAUUGCCAUCAACUCAGCUACACCCAACCCUCUUCCAUCAUUUCCAGAGAAUCAAGAUGCGCGUCAUCUCGUUGAUUCAGGUACCAAUCCUGCUUAUGUAUGCACUUGGAAGUAAUGUACGGGGCACUCUGACUGGCGGGUGCCCCUGCCCCUUCUCUUCUUGUUGCCUUGUUCCAUGUCCGCCUCCAUGCCCGUGGCCUGUGACAUCCGUUUCUCAUCUCAGCUUUCGCAC